AUGUUCUUCUCCGUUCUUGAGAGAGAACGAACAAUCAUGCAGAGGCCUGGCCGUCUGCUCUUUCUGAACAGCUUGGAGAGGUGCGGCGCACGCGGCCGCGGGCUUCGCGGUCACUCCUGGGCCCGGAUGCUGCUUCCCAUCUUGCUGGCUCAGUUCCUUAGGCGCGAGUUUGAUGUUCAGUAUUCCAGUGGUUGCGGCUGGAGCGGGGCUGUGCUCCUGGCACCCUGGGAGUCUGGUAACCUCAGUCCCGGCGGCCCCGUAGGCAAGAAUGGCAGCUCAGAGCUUGGACGCAGCCUGAGCGCAAUGCGGAGAAACACGGAACAGGGGAGAAUCGCCGAGUUCCCGAGAGAAGGGCCCGCUCCGCGCACGCGUGGAGGCCUGGCCCUCGGGCCGCGUGGUCCUGCCUCCAGCUUGCCCUGGAUGCCCCGGACGCUGCGCUCGUCCAGCACCGCUGACCCGCCCGGCGCCCUGCCCGCUCAGUUCUCUGCGUUCACUCCCCGUGACCCUUCCUUCUUAUCUCUGCGCCCCCUGCCCACGCGUUUCCGCUCUCCUUUGCCUCACUUGGCCCCGGCGGCUCUGUAG